GAAGAAUCGUUCUUCAACGCCUUUGAGUCGGACCUCACUACAGUGCUCUGCUCCGUUUCUUCAUAUUGAAUUAGUAUUCGAGCUAAAUGCCUUUAUCUUGCAUACCUUAAUGAGUGAUGCUACUGAUGACCACAUGUUGCUCUCACGUCGUUGGGCGACCUCGUCAUAUGGACCUCUAUUUAAGCCAGUGAUGUUGCUGGGACUUGCGGUCCACGAUCAGAGUCCCUCUCACCCUCCUCUAGGGAUUUAAACGUUGCUCUCCUUCAUAUCUUAAUAAAUUUCGUCGAGCGUAAUGAUAUUCCCCGCGAAUCUGAUAUCCUGUGGGUUGCUUGUGCUAUCCUGCUUUCAACUGGCUGCUAUUGCUGGGCCCAUCAAUCAUUUUGAGAGAAGUAUUAUCAACUCCGCUGGAACUCCUCGUGCUAUUAAUUAUGCUAAACAAAAUGCACUUCAAGCUCAAAUGCUUAACGGAGCAUUCCAGACCAUUGAUUCCCAGACCGCAUGCAACCGGCCUUCAACUGUUUGUGUCAAUAACAAUAUCGCGCUCUGUUCCUCGCGAGAUCUCUUUGACACGAUAGUACCAUGCACCCAAGGCACCAAGUGCUUUGCAUUGCCCCUAAAGGAUCCGUCCAUCCUGGGGACUGAGAUACUCUGUGUCACGCCGGACGAAGCAGCUCAGAGGUUCCAGGAUGCACUCGCAGGCCAAUGACGGGAAUAGGUGGAUGGCAGGACCUCCACCACAGCUGGGAACAAGAUUUCAUAUUUGCAUUUGGGACUUUUGUCUUUGCUGCUGUCUUUACGUGAACGUGUAUAAAUAUGUAUAUUUUAAUUUUUAAUGUGCGUCCCUCGUCUUUCAGUGCGGCCGAAUGUAUUUCCCAGUGGCCACGGGCAUC